UGCCUUGCAAGCAGAGCUCACAGUGAUCAAAAUGGUGUAUGGUGAAUUCUUCCACAGACCAGGACAAGAUGAGGAGCUUGUCAAUUUGAAUGUUGGUGGUUUUAAACAGUCCAUUGGUCAAAGUACAUUGCUCAAAUUUCCUCAUACAAGGCUUGGGAAGCUACUCAGGUGCCAUUCAGAAGAAGCUAUUCUGGAACUUUGCGAUGAUUACAGUGUGGCAGACAAGGAAUAUUACUUUGAUAGGAACCCUUCUUUGUUUAGAUAUGUGCUGAAUUUUUAUUACACAGGUAAACUCCAUGUUAUGGAAGAACUUUGCGUCUUCUCCUUUUGCCAGGAAAUAGAGUACUGGGGGAUCAACGAGCUCUUCAUUGAUACUUGUUGUAGUGGUUGGUUCCAAGAUAGAAAAGAAGAAUGUCCUGAUAAAGAAUGGGAUCAAAGAAGCCCAGGUGGAAGUCUAGAUUCUUCUACUUCUGAUGAUGAGUCUUCCAUAUUUGAGAAGGAGCUUGAGAAGUUUGAUAAACAGUGGUUUGGAGAGUUGCGCAAGAAUAUAUGGAUCAGAAUGGAGAACCCUGCAUAUUGUUUAUCAGCCAAACUGAUUGCUGUAUCUUCCUUAAGUGUGGUCCUAGCAUCUAUUGUGACUAUGUGCAUUCACAGCAUGCCAGAGUUCCAGAAGGUGGGUGUCAAUGACAAAGAGGUUGAAAACCCAAUCCUGGAUGUUGUGGAACUCAUAUGCAUCAUCUGGUUCACCUCUGAGCUUAUGAUCAGAUUAGCUGCUGCUCCAAGUCAGAAGAAGUUUUGGAAGAACCCACUGAAUAUCAUUGACUUUGUAUCGAUUGUUCCAUUUUAUGCCACUUUGGCUGUCGACACCAAAGACGAAGAAAGCGAAGACAUCGAAAACAUGGGGAAGGUGGUUCAAAUUCUACGCUUAAUGAGGAUAUUCCGAAUAUUGAAACUAGCACGACAUUCCGUUGGACUGCGGUCUUUGGGGGCAACUUUAAGGCACAGCUAUCAUGAAGUUGGACUUCUGCUUUUGUUCUUGGCUGUUGGGAUUUCUAUUUUUUCUGUUCUGGUCUACUCAGUGGAAAAAGAUCAGGACAGUUCAGAGCUGAGUAAUAUCCCUAUUUGCUGGUGGUGGGCCACAAUCAGCAUGACUACCGUUGGCUAUGGGGAUACCUUCCCAGUUACCCUUGGAGGGAAGAUCAUUGGCACAAGCUGCAUUAUCUGUGGAAUAUUGGUGGUAGCCCUUCCUAUAACUAUCAUUUUCAACAAGUUUUCAAAAUACUAUCAGAAGCAGAAGGAUAUCGAUAGAGAUCAGUGCAAUAACACUCCCAAGGAAAAGACAAAUGACCUCCCUUAUUUUAACAUUAGGGAUAUUUAUGCAAAAAGGAUGCACUCCUUUAUUUCUAGCCUUUCUUCAGUAGGAAUUGUAGCCAACGAUCAAGAUUCAACAGAUGCUUCCAGUAUUCAAGAUCUUGAUGAUGUUUAUAACACAACAUCUUUGCAGAAUGAACGUGCAUCUCUAGUCUCUUCGAAGACCCAUCUGUGACUGGACCUAUCUGGUUACCUCGGGCACUAAGCACAGCCAAAUGAAUCCAUGUAUUGUUGGCGAGACGCUUCAGCAACCCAACUAAAUCAGGAUGGUUAAAGGAGCUCUCUCUCUCUCUCUCUCACACACAGCACUAGGGGAGAAGCAGUAAGUGGCAAACAUAAGGCACUAUUAGCAAAUUUCGUUACCGCUUACUGUGCAUUUGCUGCUGCAGCUUCCUGCCAACCCCCAUUUCACCCUAAGCAAGCCAUAUGUACCAUUAAUAGCCUCAUUUUAUACUAUGGGCCAGGGAAAGAAUUUAUACAGAAUCCAGCUCCCCCACGUGACCUUCUUUUCAUGUUCCCUCCUCCCUGUGAAUUAACAAAGCACCAGCCCUUUGGGUCCCUUCAAACGCUUCCCCCCCCCCCCCCCCGUCCCCUCAAUCAUAACUGCUGCCAUUGACUUUGGCUGCUGGAUGACAAUGAUGAUCCUGAGAACUAUGUAUUUGCUUGCUGCUCUUCUGCUUGUUGUUGUUACCAAUGUCAAUAAAACCGAAACUUCAGCGGGGCAACUCUGCAAAUAUCUCACCCAACUUCUUCACAAGA